AUGGCCGAAGUAAUUGCAGUCGUUGGCGGAAUUGCUUCAGUCAGUCAAGUUCUUCUCUACUUGGCACAGGUAACGACGCAUGCCGUCCGCUUCUACAGUAGCUUUACUGAGGCUCCAAGAGUUCUGGGACAAAUCCAAGAGAAACUUCACAUCUUGACACAAAUUAGUGGGCAAUUACAGUCUUACACGACCGAGUGUAACGAUGGAGAUCUUCUCCCUCUUGAAACCAAAGAACUACUGUUACAAAUCGUAAAACGGGUGCAAGCUUCCCUCGACAAGGCGAAGCUGAAAUGCGAAGUGGUUGCAAGUGGCAACAUCAAGAGAAAACUGAAAAGAGUGGCCUGGGUCAUAAGGGAUGAACCUGCUCUGAACAAACUCUUGCAAGACUUGUAUGAUUCUGACCAGAUUUUACAUAUGGUCAUGCAACUUUUGACAAUGAAAACGAAUCUCCUCGCUCUAAAAUACCAUUCCACAGCUCUUCAACAAGCCUCCAGUGGCAAUAAGAAAGCGAAAACAGGCCCGCUAUCAGUUCCUGUCGCAACGACGAAGAGCAAAUAUAUGGUGUAUUCAUGGCCAUGGCUCCGGCAGCUUGGCUUUUAUGGAAGGGUUCAUACUAGUUCCUACUCUCAGUGUUUUCUAGACGCAGAUAUCUUUCUCGGCUACAAAUUUCCCGCAUGGCUUUGGACCAAGAGCAUCGAAUUUCAGCUACAAUUACGAAUACCGAGUCUUAUUAGAAUGCAGAACCGAGUAUUGGUAGACUCGCCAUGGAUGAUUGCGUGUCGACAAGGGGAUAUAGACCGGAUGCGGCAACAUCUUGCAGAUAAAUCAGGGUCCGUUGGGGACCGGUUGAGUUGUACUGGCCAGACGCCUCUUAUGUUGAGCAUUGAAAGUGGUAAUAUUGAUGCAAUCAAAGUCCUACUAGAUGCAGGGGCCAAUCCAAACCUUGGGGAUGAUGAUGGAAUUACACCGAUGUUUUUUGCACUUGGGAUGAACCCAAGGAAGAACAAGCGAUUCGUUCAAUUGCCGCCUAGGGGUCCAACCUGGCUUGACAUCAUCCGCCUGCUCGCUGAUCACGAUGCUUCAGUCCACGAUAUAGUUCAUGGAAAUUCGUUGACUACAUUGAAUCUUAUAUGGGAUCGUGACAAACAACAUCGCACCCUUGAUUUCUUUCACUUUCUCGAGGAUCAAUGCUAUGUUGACUUUGGCGAAAAAGUGGGCGCAUGGUCAGCUUUCACCAGCGCCCUGCGAUCGACAGGGUCGAGUCUGAAAUGCUUGCAAUUCCUAAAAGCGAAAGGAAUGGAUUUUUCCAAGAUAUCGGCAGAUGGACGCUCACUCUUGCAUUUCGGCGCCGAACUUGCACACGAGCCGGAGGUGAUCGAAUAUCUGUGCGAAACUUGCCCGCCACAAUACAUAAAUCGUCAGGACGAUUGGCGCUGGACCCCUUUGCACUACGCGAUUGUUUUCGACGCAUUACACAUACCACGAGAAGACUCGCUGUCGAAAGUUGAACUUCUGGUUCGCCGUGGCGCCGAUCCAUUUAUCACAGCAAGAGCUUCCCCGUUGGUGAACGUGGACAAGUAUGAGUUUACAGCGUUAGAGCUUAGUGAAAGUCUAAGAUCUGAUCAGUAUGAGAAGUUCCUGGAGAUUUUGAAAGAUUGUGGUCAUGAGAUUCCGGAAGAGGCUCUGGGAAAUGUCUUCCAUGAGGCUACCCCUUCGCAGUAA